AUGGUUUCCUCAGCGGUGCCCAGCAGCGGCGGUGGCAGCGCGAAGCAAAAGACUGGCCAGGCUAAUGCGAAUGGUCAACCGACAAAACCGCAAAUCCCACUCAGUUCCAUGACAAGUCCUCCACUGGAUCUCUCAUCGGUCGAGCGACGUGGCCAACCCACAGCAUGCAAAGAACCUGUUAAGAAGAGGAACCGACCGCAUGGCUUAGAGGAGGCCCCCACCUUCUACCCAACGGAAGAGGAGUGGAAAGAGCCCUUCGAGUAUAUCAGGAAGAUUUCACCCAAAGCACGCGAGUACGGUCUCUGCAAGAUCAUCCCGCCAGAAUCAUGGAACCCAGAUUUUGCCAUUGAUACAGAGAGAUUCCAUUUCCGCACCAGAAAGCAAGAGCUGAACUCUGUCGAAGGCAGUAAGGCUUCCCCUCCCCCCCUCAAACAACCCUCUCCAUCCGAGUACGUUGCUGAGGGCAAUGGUAUAGGCACCCGUGCGAACCUCUCCUACCUCGAUGCCCUCACCAAGUUUCACAAACAACAAGGGACAAAUCUCACGCGCUGGCCAUAUGUGGACAAGAAGCCGCUCGACUUAUACCGCCUGAAGAAGGCCGUAGAGGCACGUGGGGGCUUUGAGAAGGUUUGCAAACUAAAAAAAUGGGCCGAGAUCGGCCGCGACCUGGGCUACAGCGGCAAGAUCAUGUCAUCACUGUCCACGUCCUUGAAGAACUCGUAUCAGAAGUGGCUUUGCCCUUACGAAGACUAUUUGCGGAUUGCCAAACCUGGGGUCCACCAGCAGCUUGAACUCGAAUAUGGCGGACCCUUUACCCCGAGCCCUGCCCCGAGCCCGAUGAAGCGAUCUAGCGCCCAUGCGCCUUCUAAUCUUCAGGCUGACUCGCCUACAAGAAAUGCGACAGAUGCAUUACAAGCAUCGGUGAACGGCCAGGCGAAAGACGGUGAGAAGGAUGUCGCCAUGUCCGAUGCGCCUGUCCCUGCCACAUCCCAAGUAACGUCUGGGUUUACCGCCAUAAACUCCGGCGGCUUUACUCCGGUCAAUUCAAGCUUCACAGGCGUCAAUCGGUCCCUCAAUGCGGCCUCUGACAGCAAGGGUCCCGCCACCCCUAAGCAGUUUGCUACGCCGGUUUCCUCCGCAAAGAACACCCCAGAUUACCGCCCGUCGUCGCUUGGCCCUUCCGGACUCAAGAGACAAAUGAGCUGCGACAGUCUGGAUUCUGCGAAGAAGGACUCGGCGGCUGAUCAAGACGAUGGAGAAUCUGGGAGUCGUAGAAGCAAGCGGUUAAAGAAAGAUAAUGUCCCGACUGUGGCAGGUUCGCACAUGACUCUCUUUCGCUCAUCGGUGCCCAGGUUAGCCCGGGACGAGGCGGCCGCACCCGGACAGAGGUGCGAGCAAUGCGGUAAGGGCAACGAAGAAGGCAGUUUCAUUCUUACAUGUGAGUCUUGCGAUCACGGCUACCAUGGCACCUGUCUCGACCCACCGAUCAAGGUCAAACCGGAAACGGACUGGAACUGCCCGCGGUGUCUCGUCGGCGACGGCCAGUUCGGCUUUGAGGAGGGAGGGCUAUAUUCGCUGAAGCAGUUUCAGGAGAAGGCUGCGGAGUUCAAGCAAAACUACUUCGAGAACAAGAUGCCUUUCGACCCUGUUCUCAACUGCCAUCGACCAGUUACUGAGGAUGACGUUGAGCGGGAGUUUUGGCGUCUGGUUGCGGAUCUGGAGGAGACCGUCGAGGUCGAGUAUGGCGCCGACAUUCACUGCACCACCCAUGGCUCGGGAUUCCCGACGAUCGAGAAGCAUCCAAACAACCCAUAUUCGACCGAUCCGUGGAACCUAAACGUGCUCCCCCUCCACCCCGAGAGUCUUUUCAGGCAUAUCAAGUCUGACAUCUCUGGCAUGACCGUGCCUUGGGUCUACGUCGGCAUGAUAUUUUCGACUUUCUGCUGGCACAAUGAGGAUCACUACUCAUAUUCGGCAAAUUACCAGCAUUUUGGUGCCACCAAGACUUGGUAUGGGAUCCCGGGCGAUGAUGCAGAGAAGUUUGAGAACGCCAUGCGAGAGGCUGUUCCGGAAUUAUUCGAGACUCAACCAGACCUCUUGUUCCAGCUUGUCACCCUCCUCACGCCGGAGCAGCUAAAGAAGGCUGGCGUACGUGUCUAUGCCCUUGAUCAGAGGGCAGGCCAGUUUGUUAUCACCUUCCCUCAAGCCUACCACGCUGGGUUUAACCACGGCUUCAACUUCAAUGAGGCCGUUAACUUUGCCCCGUGCGACUGGGAACCCUACGGUCUCGCUGGAGUCGAACGACUUCAGCAGUUUCGGCGGCAGCCCUGUUUCUCGCACGACGAGCUGCUCUGGACGGCAGCGGAAGGCGUCACCACUGGUGGGCUGACGAUCCAGACUGCCAAAUGGCUUGCUCCUGCGAUGGAUAGGAUACAUCAGAGGGAGCUAGCCCAGCGAAAAAUCUUCAUUGACAAGCACAACUUUAUCGCCCAAAAGCGCGAAGAUGAGCAGCACCGCUGCGUGUUCAACGGAGAUUCUGGCGACGAGUGUCCCAUGACGUUCCAAAUCGACGACGCUGACGUUCCGGAGGAAGAGUAUGGUUGCUAUUACUGCAAGGCAUUCACAUAUCUGUCAAGGUUCAUCUGUCUGAAGACGGGUAAGGUUCUCUGCCUUCUGCAUGCCGGGAACCACCCAUGCUGUGAUCUCCAGGAGCCGGACAGGUACCUCGGGAAAGAGCAUGCUUUGUACUUUCGCAAGUCGGACGAAGUCAUGGCCUCAACGUACAAGAAGGUGGCAGACAAAGCCCAUGUUCCUGAAGCUUGGGAGGAGAAGUACGAGAAGCUCUUGGAAGACGACGCGACGCCGUCGCUCAAGUUACUGCGAACCCUACUCAGCGAAGGCGAGAAGAUUCCGUACAACCUCCCGUCGCUUCCGAUGCUAAAGGCCUUUGUGGACCGUUGCAACCAUUGGGUUGAAGAAGCCACCAACUACACUGUCCGAAAGCAACAGAAUCGCCGGAAGAGUGAAAAAGCGUCACAGACUGGGGCGCGAAAAUCGGUCGGUAACGCGUCCCACGAUCAAAAGGAACGGGAAAUGCGCAAUGUCGACAACAUCCAUCGACUUCUCGCAGAAGCCAAGCAGAUCGGUUUUGACUGUCCAGAAAUACAGCAGCUGCAAGAGCGCGCCGAUGCAAUCAAGGAUUUCCAGGAAAAUGCCCGGCAAGUACUCGAGCACCGCCAGUCCCACUCGAUUGGGCCCGUCGAAAAACUGCUCGAGGAAGGCCAGAGCUUCAACGUCGAUAUUCCAGAGGUUGAAAAGCUAGCGCAUUUGCUAGAACAACUUCAAUGGAACGAGAAGGCUAGCAGCAGCCGUGGUACGCUCAUGACACUCAAGGACGUCAGGGAUCUCAUUGAUGAGGGUCGACGGCUGCACGUCCCCCCUUACAACGACCACCUCGCGUUCUAUGUGGAGCAGUUGGCUUCGGGCCAUAUGUGGGACAAGAAGGUGCAGGAACUUAUCAAUGCAGACUCGAUCCACUACCCACAACUUCAGGCCUUGGCGGACCAGGUGCAAGCGAAUGCUUGGCCAGUCUCUCCUGAGACCAUGGCCGCUGUAGACCAGAUUCUUCACAAGCAGCGCGAGGCGCAUCGGCAGGUUAUGGAACUGAAUGAGCGAUCCCAGGAUCCCGAUUACCGCAAGAGGCCAAAGUAUUCCGAGGUCGCGGAGGUCAUGAAAAAGAUUGAAGAGCUCCAGGCAAAGCCGACAGGGACUCACGACCUCGAAAAGGAACAGAAACGGCACGAAGAUUGGAUGCGUAAGGGCAAGAAACUCUUCGGCAAGACAAACGCUCCGUUGCACAUUCUCAAGAGCCAUAUGGACUACGUGCUCGACCGCAAUCUCGAUUGCUUCGAUAUCGUCCAUGAUAAGCCACGGGUGCCCGCGGAGCCUGCCUCACGGGAGCCGAGUCCCGAAAGGGAAAAGGUCAGUCGCUGGGAGGAUCCAAAGUUCCGAGAGGUAUUCUGCAUCUGCCGGCGCACUGAGGCCGGCAUGAUGAUUGAAUGCGAGUUGUGCCACGAAUGGUAUCACGGCAAAUGCCUUAAAAUCGCGCGCGGCAAGGUAAAGGAGGAUGAUAAAUACACCUGUCCGAUUUGCGACUGGCGUGUUAAGAUCCCCCGUGAUGCCGCUCGCCCAAAACUGGAAGACCUCAUCGCAUGGCAAGAGGAAAUCCCCAACUUGCCGUUCCAGCCAGAAGAGGAAGAGGUUCUCAAAAAGAUCAUUGACAAUGCCCUCGAAUUUCGCCAGCAUAUCUCUGCCUACUGCAACCCUAUCCUCGCAACGGCAUCAGAAGCCGAGACACAGCGCUUCUACCUCCGCAAGAUCGAGGGUGCCGAGAUCCUGCUGGCAUAUGAGACCAAUUUCUUCCGCCAGGAACUACACAAGUGGAGCCCCGUGGCGCCGGAACCGCCUCCGGUUCUUGAGUCGUCUAAGAGCACGCGCAAACCUCGCCCCACCAAGCUCCAAAAGAUGUUGGCCCAGUAUGGCGUCGACGAUCCUGACGAUCUGCCUGAGAGCGUGAAGGGCAAGGCUAACAGCCUCAAGCGCAAAGCUCUCAACGCAGAGGCCGCUGCGGCGGCCGCGUCGGCAGCGCCCGGCUCCAUCGUCAUGGUUUCGCAGCAACCACCCCACCCAUUCUUCUCGCGAAACUCAUCCGCCCAGCCGCCAACGCCGGGUCUUGCCGGUAGCUCUCAUGGCCAGUCUUCUCGCGGCUCCGAUAUGUCGCCGGCGCCGGCGCACGGCCAAAGCGGUCACUCGGGACCCCCUUCUAUCCUGCCAGGUGGUGACGACAUGGAACUGGAUGCUGGUUCCGCCCACCACGCCUUCUACAUGCGCAAUGGCGCCGUCGGUGGCCCACAGCUGCUUGUCCAGGGGGACUCAACGCACGAGCUGGAGGAGCGCCUGCUCAGGGGCGCGUUUGACGACGACGAGCUCGGCAAGCACCUGUCGACUAGCGCGGGUAGGGCGAAGGCACUGGAGAUUCUGUCGCGCACCGAGACGGGCAGGAGGCGUGCCGAGGAGAUCUUUGGCAGGGAUGUCUGGGGCUCGUCGUCGUCGACCAGAGACAAUGACCCGAUCGGUAUCGGCGUCGGUAACGAAGGGGAUGGCGACGAUAGCAUGUUUGUGGACCUGGUCAAUCAGGACGAUGACGAAGACGGCGGCGACCAGAGGAAGAAGCUGGCGGCUGCUGUUGGGGAGCAUUCGAAUGUGUCUGACGGGCUGAUGGAGGAGGAUCGAGGCGAGGCGGCAUCUUUGUUGGAUGCGCGUAAGGAGCCUUGA